GAAAAGAAGAGUACGGCGUGACGUGUUUGGGAAAAUCCCGGAGUGUUUUACUCUUUAACUGCGCGACCACAUAAAGUUCACCGUGACGCGCUGGCAGAGCGCAGAAGGAGCUGCUUCCUUUUUCCCUGAAAACUACUCGUGAGCAUACAAAAUAAAACAGGAACUAAAAAUAAUCUGAAUGGCGCAACGAGCAGCUGAGCUGGUGGGACUGCUGACUGUCCUUUUUGAAGUUCAAAGAAGCUUGGAGCUGCAAGUGUCCACCAUGUCUCCAGUGGAGGCCCUUCUUCAUUCGGAUGCCGUGCUGCCCUGCACCUUCUCACACGGCAGCAGCACGCUUAGGUUGGACCUGCUGGCGGUCAUCUGGAGAUGGGGUGACACCGUGGUGGCCAGCUAUGGACUGAAAGACGAUCUGUCUACGCCCAGGGCACGUCUGUCUGACGCUGAGCUGCGCCGUGGGAAUGCGUCCCUCCUUCUCAGCAACGUCACCAUCGCUGACCAGGGCCUGUACGAGUGCAGCAUCAUCUACCCGCCCGAUCAAUCAAAUGGCAUCGUGGAGCUCAAGGCUGUUAAUCCACCAAAGAUAUCAAUCAAGUCACGGCUUGUCACCCCCAACACCACCAACACCCUGCAGUGCACCUGCUCCGACUUCUACCCUGGCACCAUUAAAAUCUCAUGGCAAAGAGCCGAAGAAGUGAUCAGGGCACCAAGGGAGGAGCGGGCAGAACCAAAUGAGAACAGAACCUUCACAGCGACCAGUUACCUCCUCUUCACCCCGAGCUCCAAGGAUGCCAACGUUACCUUCUCCUGUGUGGCACAUCAUGCGGCAAUGAAGCAACCCGAGAGAGCCGACUUUCAGUUGGAAUUCCGAAGGCGCCCGCAAAUCAGAAUCACCCCGUCCAUUUUAACUCCUGACAAAAAACAAACGCUGACCUGUGAUGUGGACGGUUUUUACCCAGAAGGCAUUGCAGUGAGCUGGGUCGUCAAAGGAGAGGAGAUCUCAUCUAGUAAAGUGAGGCGCAAAGCCGACGGCAACUACCGAAUGGCCGAGCACUACAUCCUGACACCGGGCGAGACGGACGCGGGGCAGGUGCUUAGCUGUAAAAUAUGGCAGGAAGGCUUUGAGUACCCACUGAUCGAGGAGUUCACCGUCAGACUUGAAGAUAAAAGUUCAUUUCAGCCGGCACUGAUUGGGGCGAUGUCUGCUGUAAUAAUACUGGCGCUUGCCUCUGGGAUUGGAUAUCUGAUAUGGAGAACUGUGCAAAAGCAGAAACUGAUUGUCUCAGACAUCAUUGUACCCACCAAGAUCAAGGUGGGGAAGAAAGUGUGCCUGACCUGCUCCAUCGAAGGGUUUGACCUCAAAGGCGUGACGGCAAAGUGGUUGGUGAACGACGCCCUCAUUUCGAAAGAGGUUUACCGCGCCGAGACGGACAACGCCGACCAGAGCAUUCUGCUGCCUACAGGAUACAGGACUGAGAUUCAAACGAUUCAUUUUGCGGAGCGUGGCGGGAAAGAACAAUUUCUGAGUUUCCUUCACUUUGUUGCCAGCAUCCGGGAGCACGAGGGAGCCGAGUUCAAGUGCCAGGUGUCAAAGACAGACGAGAAAAUGGCCGAUGAGAAGAAAACGAAAGUGCACCUCACAGGUUCCUCGAAUUGCUGAUGGUUGGCACCCUUUGGUUGGACUGGGACGCCACACUUGAAGAAGCUAAUGGCUGAGGAUUGUUUUGUGAAUUUAGAAAGUGAAGACUCAGGGCAGAGCUGAACAGCUUGGAUCUCAAACUCUUCCAUCUUGGUUUGGAAGCCUGACCUUGGAGUCUGUUAUCAAAGAGUCACCUCAUCACAGCCAUCUGAGUGGUCAGAUUUCACCAUCCAGUAAGCUCACAUUGCGGGCUGUCCCUUGGGCCCUUAGUGGACUUCCACACCUUUUUGUCACCUGCAGCGUCCGGUCACUCUCUGCCAACAAGAGGUCAGCAUUUUCAUUAGCUGACGUGCUGGAAAUAGAAAUGAUGGCUGACAAGGAAAGUUCAUCAGUAGUUGCAAAACCAAAGAGGCUGGUUUCUGUGGACCCACUCCUUGGGACUCAAGAAUGAUGAAGUUUACUCAAACAGCAUCUACUUUUGUACUUAAACAGGAAAUAAAGUUUGGCAUUCAAAUUUUCAAUGUGCAAUCUCCAAGAUCUCUGCUCUCUCUGAAAUGAAAAGCUGAGCUUCUGCAUGCCAUCUCACCCACGUGCCUAUCGUUGAAGUGCCCGUGUAAUGUGGUCACGGCAGCACUGUAGAAUCACCAGUAUCUGCAGAAUGAUGUCCACCAGGGCCAGCAGACUGACCACAGUCCAGUUGAACCACUGACUCUGCAGCCAUCCAGACUGAGUCAUUCCAGACUGAGUUAUAGCUGUGAGGAGAAGAACACAAUGGGAUUAAGAGCGACAAAUUGUAAAUUCGACAGUGACAGGUCCAAUGGCCUUGCUGAUAUAAAGCCUUCACCCCAAAAGUCAAAUCUGAAAUCUGCAAUAAAUCCACCCCACAAAAAAACAAACAAGGGUGAGACUCCACAUUUGAGCUUUGAUUUGAACUUUAUAACAAACUAGCAAAAUACCCGUGCUUCGCAGUGGCGAAGUACUACCUUAAAAUUUUUAUUAAGAA